AUGUCAUCUCCAUUGAGCGCAAUCAAGAUCCGCAGAAAGAAGAAUGUCAAGAAGGGUAUCCAGUUCUGUUUGAUGGUCUGCGGUGCCUCGGGUACAGGUCGAACAACCUUCGUAAACACUCUGUGCGGAAAGAAAGUGCUGGCAGGAAAGGAUGCCGACGAUGCGACAAACGCUCACCUCGAGGAAGGUGUCCGGAUUAAGCCCAUCACUGUUGAGCUGGAGCUAGAUGAGGAGGGAACUCGUAUCUCUCUGACUAUCGUAGACACGCCAGGCUUUGGAGACCAGAUCGACAAUGAGGCGAGCUUUGGCGAAAUUGUUGGCUAUCUUGAACGACAGUACGAUGAUAUUCUCGCCGAGGAGUCCCGUAUUAAGCGUAACCCCCGCUUCCGCGACAACCGUGUCCAUGCACUUCUCUACUUCAUCACACCUACCGGACAUGGUCUCCGCGAGCUGGAUAUCGAACUCAUGAAGCGCCUCUCUCCCCGUGUUAACGUCAUUCCAGUCAUUGGCAAGGCCGAUUCCCUCACACCAGCUGAGCUUGCCGAGUCAAAGAAGCUUGUUAUGGAGGAUAUCGAACACUACAGAAUCCCGGUCUACAACUUCCCUUACGAUAUCGAGGAGGAUGACGAGGACACUGUUGAGGAGAACGCCGAGCUCCGUGGACUUAUGCCAUUCGCCAUUGUCGGUUCGGAAGAGGUUGUUGAGAUUGGAGGCCGUAAGGUUAGAGCUAGACAGUAUCCGUGGGGUGUCGUAGAGGUGGACAACCCAAGGCAUUCCGAUUUCCUCGCCAUUCGAAGCGCGCUUCUCCACAGCCAUUUGGCAGACUUGAAGGAGAUCACUCACGAUUUCCUCUACGAGAAUUACCGUACUGAGAAGCUCAGUAAGAGUGUUGAGGGUGGUGCUGGAGCCGACUCGUCGAUGAAUCCAGAAGAUCUCGCAUCCCAGUCCGUUCGCCUGAAGGAAGAGCAACUCCGCCGCGAGGAGGAGAAGCUCCGAGAAAUCGAGGUUAAGGUCCAGAGGGAGAUUAACGAAAAGAGACAAGAGCUCUUGGCUCGUGAGAGUCAACUCAAGGAGAUCGAGGCCAGAAUGCACCGAGAGCAAAGCGCACAUCUGGAGGCUACGAAUGGAGCACACACGGACUCCGAGGCAUGAAAUCGGAGCAAGAGUUACUUUGCGAGCGGGUGGACUUUGGGAGGACUUGGCCUAGCUUGGCAACUAAUUGGUCUGUCGGAUGAUAUCCAAGUUGUCAAUGGGGGAAAAUGGAGCUAUGGGAUUUCUUUUGCAGGUCUUUGUCGGCAUUUGCAAGAACUAUUCUGGCUUUGAGAAGCUAAUAACGUGUUUUCUUAUCAACUUCUAAUGCGGCGGCUGAAUUACUUCCCUUCUUCAACGUCCUUGUGAUCGAGGCACAAGCGGACGGCUGUGAACGGUUUAUGGUUCUAUUUAUCUUGUGGUUAUAGCAAUGAAAAUGUUCAACUAUGUCCCAGAAAAGCCAAGAAAGUUAGAAGGCUGAUAACACUUAAAACAUGGCUCAUUAAACGCUAAGUCUUGGUGGUAAGUGAUACCUAGCAAAAUACAAUGCGAUGUAGAGUUCGAGAGAUUUAAAGUGUACAGCAUAGCGUGUAACAGCCAGCAAGUGCAAGUGAGUCGAGGUAUACAGGGCUUCCGUUUGCGGACUGAGAGAAUGUGAUGUGGUGCCUCCAGACAGACUCCUAAUAUCUAGUCGCUGAGCAAAUCUUUCUCAUAUCAAAAUUCCUGUAUGUGGGCUUUUUCUUCGCUUCUCACCUCUCGAAUAAAUGGAAUUGUCAUAUGUCCAACCAUGACAUGAAUUACUUAUUGUGACUGUCAUGACUGCUGUCUAGAGGAGGAGG